CUCGUUGUUUUGGGGUCUGGAUGACGCAAGAGGCUACAGGAGACUUCGUAGUAAGACAAGAGUUAUAAGACAGUAAAUUAAUCAUCUCGUUAAGGGGUUGUGGUUGUAACAUUUGACACAGGUUAAAGGGCAUUUUCAACACCGGUUCUAAAUCGUACUGUUCUUUCUCAAGUUAGUCGAGCAAGGCGACCUUUACUUAAUGAAAAUACUUUGAUAACAUAGAUUGGAUGUAACUUGCCUAUGUAAUUAUAUCCGAAGAUUCUUCAUCAUUAUAAAGUUUGUUACUUUCAAAACAGCAAGCUUUUCGAAUGUUUGUGUAAAGUCUUCAUGAAGCACUUCUUCAACGGAAUGUUCGUCCUCAAUUUUGUAUGGAAAACUCGCAGGAAAGACAAGGAUGCAGUGGCACCAUCUCAAGAAGAGUCUAAAUUAUAUCUGGAGACCGCAGUACUUGAAUGUACAGUUCAAGAAACCCGGCUUAGAGAAAUUGUUGAACUACCUAUAGGGUUGGACUAUAACGAGUGGUUGGCAUCUCACACUUUAGCAUUUUUUGAUCACCUCAACCUAAUUUAUGGAACAGUAUCAGAGUUUUGUACAAUGUCUGGUUGUCCAGAUAUGACGGGUCCUUGCAAUAGACAAUACUUAUGGUUUGAUGAAAAAGGGAAGAAAUGUAAGGUAGCAGCUCCACAGUAUGUAGACUAUGUCAUGACGUUUACUCAGAAGACUGUCAAUGAUGAAUCAAUAUUUCCCACCAAGUUUGAAAAAGAAUUCCCAAGUUCCUUUGAGUCCAUAGUGAAGAAAAUUCACAGGUUGUUGUUUCAUGUGAUAGCUCACAUCUAUAAUGCCCACUUCAGAGAAGUUCUUCUUCUUAAUCUUCAUGCCCACCUAAAUUCUCUCUUCUCCCAUUUUAUGCUCUUUAAUCAACAAUUCAACCUAGUAGAAGAGAAAGAGACUGAGGUGCUUCGGGACUUGGCCAUUGCACUGAAAUUGUACUACUCUGAGGACCAAGGUACAGGAAUGUCACUUACUUCUAAACAGAGUGACACUAAUUCACCUGGAUGUGAAAAAAAGAGAUAUAGUAACAAGCAGUCUGUGAUUGAUAGCCCGGCAAAGUCUGGUGCUCCAGAAAAUAUGUUAGUUAAGGCAGGAAGUAAAAGGUCAGCAUCUCCUUGUAUCGUCUCCCAGUCUGUAUCUUCUCCUUCUAUAUCAUCAUCCAUAACGGCCUUACACACACGAACCAACUCAGGUGGGCAUUCAAACUCUAAUUCUUGUGCAAUGGACUCUGCAAUAUUUACAGGCUCCUCUUCCAUCACGCCUCCCACAGCUUCUUCCCCAAUCAAGUUCCAGUAGCCAACCACCAAUUCCUUAGUGGGCAUGCUUUUACCAUGACAACAGGAUUCCUGUGGAUAGAUUUCAGAAACACAUUUCUGUAGAGACUUUUUAAAUGACACUGAAGUUGAUCAUUUGUUGAUGUAUAACCACACCUGUUGCUUAGCUCUAUUUGGAGGCAAAUAUUUAUACAGUAGUUUGUUGUUGUUGUUUUUCAUUCUUUUGCAGGAACUUCUCCUCUCUCUAUCAUAUCAGGCUUUCACAUAAAAACUAAAUAACUUAAUUACUGCUGAAAGAUGCAACUUCAAAAUUCCAAACUAUGAUUUACAAAGGAUUAAAACCAUCAUGACAGCAAUUUUGAGAUUAAUCAUUUCAAGUUCAUGGAGAAGUAGGUACCAGCCAAGCAGUCUAUUUUGUUUGCUCAUAGUUUGAAAGUUGUUUUAAAAAUCCAAAACAUUUAAUAUUUUUAACAGCAUUUUACAAGUUUCAGUUAGUUUUUGCUACCAAGUUAUGUUUAGCUAAUAUGAGUUUAAGAUUUUAAUAAGUAAUUUUAUAUAAUAUUUUAAAAAGCAUAGAACUUUAAUUUAUGAAUACAAGUGGCAAGUUUUGUUAAUGAAAAGGUAGUGUUUACU